UGUAUAUGUAUAUAUGUAUACAUACACAUACAUAUACACACACAGUAUAUAUCUUUUUAGGCCAACUAACUCAGGAUGUUUGAAGGAAGGAACAAAGAAAAGGGGGACCCGUUGGCUAUGAAUGUUUAUGAAGGAGGCAAUCAUUGGCUGACCCUUUGUUCCGUUCACAGCAACACAAGCCCGAAGGGGGGCGAAUCGCGUCCAGUGCCAGGGACCAUGGCCACCUUCCGCCAAGAAAACGUGGAAGACCACUACGAGAUGAAAGAGGAGCUGGGCAGUGGCCAGUUUGCAAUCGUGCGGAAAUGCCGAGAGAAGAAGACGGACCUGGAAUACGCGGCCAAGUUCAUCAAGAAACGUCGACUCUCUUCCAGCCGCCGCGGGGUGAGCCGGGAGGAGAUUGAGCGGGAGGUAAACAUCUUGCGGGAGAUCCAGCACCCCAACAUCAUCACCCUCCACGACAUCUUCGAGAACAAAACGGAUGUGGUCCUGAUCCUGGAGCUGGUGUCCGGCGGGGAGCUCUUUGACUUCCUGGCUGAGAAGGAGUCGCUGACCGAGGAGGAGGCCACCCAGUUCCUCAAACAGAUCCUGGACGGGGUCCACUACCUUCAUUCCAGACGCAUCGCCCAUUUCGACCUCAAGCCCGAAAACAUCAUGCUGCUAGACAAAAACGUCCCCAGCCCUCGCAUCAAGCUGAUCGACUUCGGCAUUGCACACAAAAUUGAAUCGGGGAGUGAGUUUAAGAACAUCUUCGGCACCCCAGAGUUUGUAGCUCCCGAAAUCGUCAACUACGAGCCUUUGGGCUUGGAGGCCGACAUGUGGAGCAUCGGUGUCAUCACGUACAUCCUCUUAAGCGGCGCGUCCCCCUUCUUGGGCGAAACGAAGCAGGAGACCUUGACCAACAUCUCUGCUGUCAACUACGACUUUGACGAGGAGUACUUCGGCAACACCAGUGAGCUGGCCAAGGAUUUUAUCCGCCGCCUUCUUGUCAAGGAUCCCAAGAAACGGAUGACCAUCGAGCAGAGCUUGGAGCACCCGUGGAUUAAGGUGAUUAAGAGGAGAAAUGUUCGCAACGAGGACAAUGGGAAGAAGCCGGAGCGCCGGCGGCUCAAGACGACGCGCCUGAAGGAGUACACCAUCAAGUCCCACUCCAGCAUGCCUCCCAACAACACCUACGUCAACUUUGAGCGCUUCUCCAAGGUCAUGGAGGAGGUGGCGCUGGCCGAGGAGAGCCUGAGGGCCCUGCAGCAAACCAAGAAGUCGUUCCGGGAGGACAUGGAGGCCCUGAGGGCCAUCUACGAGGACAAAGAGGUCUGGUACAAGGAGGAGAACGAGGCCAUCGGCCAGGACCUCCGGCAAAUCCGGCAGGAGAUGCAGAAGACGGAGGCCCUCAAGCGGCAGACCCAGGAGGCGGCCCGGAGCGCCUCCCUGGCCGCCAAUGGGCUGAAGCGGCGUUACCGGAAGCUGGAGAACCGCUACGAGGCCUUGGCCAAGCAGGUGGCGUCGGAGAUGAAGUUCGUGCAGGAACUGGUCCGCUCGGUGGAGCUUGAGAAGCUGGAGGGAGGGGAAGGGGGCUGCAGCCUCCGUUAAAGCCCCCGUCAACCUCAUGGAGGCCGAUGCCGGUUUGCCUCGCCUUUCGUGGGGCUCCUGCUUUCAUCCUGGCGCAGUGGUUUCCAAGACUCCAGAGCCCGUCAUGCUGCCCGACUGCUUGGACCUCUGCACAACAGAUGUGAUUCUUGCGUGCUUGAAUCCCACAUUCUUUUUUUUCCCCCUCUCUGAAAACAGUGUGCUUAUUUAAAUAACUAAAUAGAUGGUUUCUGGUUAGAAAAGGCUAAGGGUGCUCCUUCCCUUCCCGUCGGGCUGGUGCUUUCUUGAAGAUCCAAAGCUAUGUCAGAAGGCUCCCCAAGGAAAUAUCUCCAGGUGUCCCUGACUUUUUUCUCCCCCUCUGAACGACUUUCCAGCUGCAGAAAAGAACAUCAGAAGCCUGUUUCAGACAUCGGUCACAACUCGCCUUCGUGGUUCUAAGUGCGGGGAAGCCAUGCAUUUCUGGAGAUCAACGUGUCAAUACGAUCAGUGAGAUUAAAAAAAAGAGGGCCCCAUCUCCCAUUCCAACCUGAAAUUGGGCUUUUCGGAUGAAACCUACUCUCUCUGCAUCAUCUUAAGCCUUAAUUGCUGCUUCUUUCCCAGGGCUGAGGCUUCAUGUCACACACCUCAAGAGUUGUGUGUUUUUUCCCUCGGGCUCCAGGUCCUGAAAAAGCUACAGUCAAAAAACGCCGUAGGGAACCUUCAUCCCUGUUGGAGCCCUUGAGCGAAGCGUGGUGGCUUUUAGCAAGUCCUGUGUCAUGAAUUUUGGGGGCCAGAUGAGGGCAGGAGAGUUUUCUCUGAAUGUUCCUUUUAAGAAACAUCAGAGAGGUGUGCCUCCGGAGCACCAGUGCCUCGCCUACAUUAGGAAUGCGGACAGCCAGGAAGCGUUACCCUAAUAAAUCCCGUUUCCAAACAUUAUAGGAUUUUUGUCACUCUCUGGCAUCCCUAUUAAUCAGCCCAGCGACCACCCUCCUCUUCUGAGACACCUCAAAAGCCCCAAAGGGCAUUUCACACACACCCUUUUUCCCCUUCUUUCUAGCGAUCCAUUUCUGGAGAUAGCUACACCUGCUGGUUCCUCUGAUUAUUCUUCCUUUAAUGUCCUGUGUACCUCCUUCUGAGUUUGCGGCACCUCCUGGUCCUUCCAGCUGCUCCAUUUUGACCUCUGGUCCCAUCAAAGCAUAACCUCUGGAGUUUACUGGUCCUGGAGCCCGGGCAUCAGUUGAUGCCUAUAUUUCAAACAGGGCUUAGGAAGGGCGCUCCGAAUUAUGGGAGCCUUGGUUUCUUUUCUGCUGCGCUAAGCAUCAAAGAGCGGGUACCCGGUAUUUCCUUUGACGACGCCUUGCUUCCUGGCUCUUCCUCAUUUCCUGUCUUGAGCCGAGAAUCUUUUUGCAAAAUGGGAAUCUUGCAUCCUUCUGUUAAGCCAGGAAAACCUCUUAUUUUUUAAAAAAAUACUGUGUUACACGCAGCAAAUAAACUUGCUGAACAACUGCUCGCCCACUGGCAGAGGAGGAAAAAUUGGUAGUCGUAGGCAGCUGUCUUUUAGGUCGGCUUUCCACUCCUGGCCUUGCUGGGCAGACCCUGAAGAGUUAAAAAGGAGUGUAAGGAGUAAGAGAUUUUCCUUCUGUUACUCCUAUUAUCUGGUUUUCCCUCUAGACACAUCGUUCCUUCAAAGCUCCAUGCCCAAGCGGUCACAACUGCGUCAGUGAAGUCUGUGUUUCUCUCCUAAUGACUAAUCACAAAGCAAAACCAAGCCUGUUUGCAACGUGCAGAGAGGAAGGCAAGCUCAGGUUGGGAUAAAUGGAUAUUUUUUUUUCCUUUUUAGCAGAUCCCCGCUUCUAAUGACAUGUUACCUGUAUCACAUCAUCGUGCCCAAGGAUUUCCCUGGAAAAGGAAAAUGGGCUGAAUAAGAUGGAGCCUGAAUUCCUGACAUUUACAAUGUCUUAUAUAUCAAAGAGUUCAUUAUUAUGGGAUUCUUAGGCUUGAGUGCAGAGCGAGCGAGCCAAAAUGAUGCCAUUUCAACACUUGUGCAUCCGAAUGUACACCAUGGUGCUCCUGCACUGUCUGUGCAAGCCUUUCGUGCUACCAACCCUAGCCAAGAGGGUAUGAGGAGUAAGAUGAACAUUCAUAAGGCAUGAAUGAACAGUGAGAGUUUGGUUGUAAACAAACCGGGGGGGGGAAGAAAAACAAAUAAACAGGAUAGGAUUCCCAACCUGGCUCCUUUUCAAACUUGGCUGUGUUUCUCCUGCAAUUGACACAAAGCCAUCAGCAAACCACACCUAGGAUGCUAAUCCAUUGUGAUGUCAAACAAUAAUCCUACAAUAAUAACAAUAAAACCUUUUUUUAUAGCAAAA